AUGUUCUGCACACCAGCUAAGAUCUUCGCCUGUGGGCCUCCGGGCGCUGGGCUGGCGACGAAGCUAAUCAACAACUACGUUGCCAUGACGUCCUUCAUCGGGCUGUGCGAGGGCAUGAACACUGGAAUUCGCUAUGGUCUUGACCCCAAAAUUCUGGGACAAAUCAUCAAUGUCUCUAGUGGGAUGAGCUGGAAUAGUCUGCAUAUGAAUCCCGUUGCUGGGGUCGUGGAGGGCGCGAGCUCGAACAGGGCAUUCGAGGGCGGGUUCCCGACCGAACUGGCGCAGGGCGUUAUGAGGCAGGCGAGAGACUUGAUGAGGCAGGUUGGAGGGAAUAGUGUGUUUGGGGAUCGAGUGGAGGGGGUGUUUGAGAGGGGUGUGGAGGAUGAGAGGUGUGCUGGGAAGGAGUGUAGGAGUGUUUGGAGGUUGUGGGAGGGGGAAGGGGAGGCACUGGAGGGCUUGACGGGUUGA